UCGUAUUUCUGAAUAAAUAUACUAUGAUCCACAAAUAAAUAUAGAGAGUUUCAUAAAUAUUUUUUAAAUCCACAAAUGCACAAUAAGCGAACCAUAAAUAUAUGUUAGACAUUUCAUAAAAAGGAAGGAAAUUCACAAAUAAAUAAAAUGGGAUUUGCAAAUGAAUUUUUUUUAUAAAUAUAUAUUUGUAUUUUAUUUGUAUGUGAAUGGCUUCCUGCGCAUUUGUGGAUUGCUUUCUGUGCAUUUGUGAAUCGCUGCACACAUUUGUGGAUCGCUUUCUGUGCAUUUGUGAAUUGCUGCACUCAUUUGUGGAUCGCGUUCUGUGCAUUUGUGGAUUUGAAACAUUUCUAACGUCAAGACGUGCACAAGAAUCCACAAAUAGGUGGACUCCGCCCACCGUCUACUCCAGCCAAUCAGACAACAAGCACACUGUGCUGACCAAUCGUGGCACGAUCUCCCUUCAACCAAUCAUAGAGUCUUUUCUAGAAACAUUGUGCAAAAGACCCAGACGGAGGAGGACUUUUAUUAUGACAGCGAGUAUCGCUCACUCAAAGCAAUGGCGGAAAAGCGCUAGUUUUGUACAAGUGUCUCGCUGUGUGAGGCAUGAAUCGUGUUGUUGUGGAGACAAUAGCACAAGAUUGUUACGCGGUGUGUUCAUGUGCGUCAUUAGAGAAACCACAUCUCCACCUGCCUAUGAUCUGGCUAAGCUCUCAAAUAUAGCCAGGCACUCAUGCAUCUCCCUUCACAUGCCAUGCAACCAAGCUCAUAAAUACAGCUCUGGCCUAUCUCUCUUAAAGGAGCAUACCCUCAUCCUGUGCAGAGCUUCAUUAAAGGACUACUACCAAUAUUCACCAUUACCUUCAUCAACGACUGCUCUGCUAUCCAAGUUGUGCCUCUCAUUCAGAGUUCUGUGCGGAGUGGGGGUGCAUUCAGCUGAUGUAGAUGUUUGCCUAAAAGGGAUAUGACAGACGCUACAUAUCAUUUCAUGUGAUUUUUAUAUGUUUUACGACUUGCAUCUUUACUUGACCAGGUGUUACAGAUGAUCAACAAAAUGCCCUCUGGAAGGUCCUGA